AUGACCGCGGCGACAGCGUUGGAUUACAAGAACGAGGGCAACGAGUGGGUGAAGGCAAAGGACUACGCGCGGGCGGUGGAGGCGUACACGCGGGCGAUCGAGGCGGACGGCACGCAGUCGAUCUUCUUCUCGAACCGGGCGCUCGCGAACCUCAAGCUCGACCGGUUCCAGAGCGCGCUGGAGGACAGCGCGCGGGCGAUCGAGCUGGAUGCGGGGAAUGUGAAGGCGUACCACCGGCGGGGGCUGGCGCACUGCGGGCUGCUGGAGUGGGGGCCGGCGAAGCGGGACCUGGAGGUGGUGGUGCGGGCGAAGCCCGGGGACGAGGCGGUGCGGCGAGCGCUGGAGGUGUGCGAGCGGAUGCUGCGGCGCGAGCGGUUCGAGCGGGCGAUCCGGGCGGACGGGGACGAGGAGCAGCGGCGGCUGUGCAAGACGUUGUCGCUGGCGUCGUUCGCGGGGAACGCGGACCUGGCGAGCUACGACGGGCCUGCGCUGGAGCUGGAGCAGGAGACGGACGCGGAGGGCGCGCCAGCGGGCGCGCGCGUGGCGAACAUGAGCGCGGAGUUCGUGCGGUACAUGGUGGAGGAGCUGUUUGUGCAGGGCAAGCGGCUGCCCAAGAAGUACGUGGCGGCGAUCGUGUCGCACGCGGAGCGGCUGUUCGCGGCGGAGCCGACGGUGGUGGAGCUGCGAACCGCGGAGCUGGGGUGCCGGGUGUCGGUGUGCGGCGACACGCACGGGCAGCUGUACGACGUGCUGAACGUGUUCCAGCGCUUCGGUAAGGUGGGCGACGACCACGUGUACCUGUUCAACGGCGACUUCGUGGACCGCGGGUCGUGGUCGUGCGAGGUGGCGGUGCUGUUCUACAGUCUGAAGAUCCUGUACCCGGGACGCUUCUUCCUGAACCGGGGCAACCACGAGACGAACAACAUGAACAAGGUCUACGGGUUCGAGGACGAGUGCAAGUACAAGUACUCACAGCGCAUCUUCAACCUGUUCGCGGAAAGCUUCGAGUCGCUGCCGCUGGCCACCGUCAUCGACGACGCCUACCUGGUGAUGCAUGGCGGGCUGAUGAGCGACGACAGCGUCACGCUGGCCGACAUGAAGGCCAUCGACCGCUUCCAUCAACCUCCGCGGGAGGGCGCGUUCAUGGAGCUGCUGUGGUCCGACCCGCAGGCUGCGGAGGGACUCGGGCCCUCGCAGCGCGGGCUGGGGUACGCCUUCGGUCCGGACGUCACGGCCCGCUUCCUCGAGAAGAAUGGCCUGAAGAAGAUCAUUCGGUCGCAUGAGGUCCGCAUGGGCGGCGUCGCGUUCGAGCACGCCGGCAAGUUGGUCACGGUGUUCAGCGCCCCCAACUACUGUGAUACCCAGGGCAAUCUCGGUGGUAUCAUCCACGUUGUGCCCGGCAAGGGAAACAAGGGCGAGUUGGGCAAUGAUGACGAAAACCUCUAUGUUGAGACGUUCGCCGCUGUGCCGCAUCCAGACAUCAAGCCAAUGGCAUACUCAAGCGGGGUGCUCGGCUUCUAA